AUGUCAUACAAUGUUCGUCCUUCUUCUUGUCCUGGCUCUGAUUGGCUUCUGCACAAUUCAGCUCUGGAUGUGCGAGCCCAUCAGCAGCAGCAGCAGCAGCAACGGCUGCCUUUAUGGGAACCCAGUAUUUUUGUUGGCUUGGAUAGCUCUUCCCACCUUGUACCUGAGAAAAUCGAUCUCUUUACAACAUUACCUAGAAGCCAAUACACAGCAGUUUGGGACUCUGGAAAUUUUUACCCCAAGCAGCAACCUAUCGGCCCUGCAAUUUUAAGGGCUAGUGAGCUAUACUGCUUCGAAAACAAGAGCAUGGGGUGUUCAUAUAGUGAUGGUUUCGCAUCUAUGUCCACUGUCACAGAAGAAACAUGCGUUCCUGAUGGUUUGUAUCAGGGAUUUGAUGCAGUAGAAGGGAUUGUCCCAAGCGAGGCCUUUGAUGAGGUGCCAAUCCCUCCUUUUUUCGAAGCUGGUGUGGAUGAUAUCUCCGUUUUAGUCACUGCUCAAGCUAGCUACAGCCCUUCUGACCAUUCAGAUGUUGUCGGAUCCAGCAGUUCUGUUAGCUUGCAUUCGCCUUUGGACCAAAUUAGCAGCAAGUUUAGAGAAUGCCCAUCUGAGUUUCAGCCCACUUUAGGUCUGCCAGAGCCCCCAGUAGCCCAAGAGGAUCCUGUACAAAUCCUUAUCAAAUGUGCACAGGCCUGCACAGAAGGACACCAUGAUAUCCUGCACUCUCUUCUUGCCAAGCUCCAAGAGUUCUCUUCUCCAUUUGGAGAUCCCCUACAAAGGUUAUCCUUCUAUGCGAGCGAGGCUCUGAAGAAGCACAGCUUCAAACAAGGAAGAACCGAGGAGAAAACUAAUGAGAAACCUUGCCUGGAGUAUGAUUUAGCUUACCAAGCCUUUUACCAGCUUCUUCCAUAUCACAAAUUUCUCCACUUCACUAGCAACCAGGCAAUACUUGAAGCUGUCGAGGGUGCCUCACAAGUUCAUAUCAUUGAUCUAGAGAUCAGACAGGGCUUACAGUGGCCCAGCUUCAUGCAAUCCCUGUCCCUCAGGCCUGGAGGCCUCCCGACGUUGCUCAAGAUUACAGCUAUAGGAAAUGACGAGCGGAGAUUGAACCAGACAGGGAGGCGUCUGCUCGAGUUCGCUCAAUCAGUAGGAAUCGAAUUCGUCUUUCGACCACUGAUUGCAGACAUGGAAGAACUGGAUGAAUCUGCCUUCAAUAUAGAAGCUAAUGAGACUGUAGCUGUAAAUUGCUCUGUAGUUCUCAACAGAAUGCUCUGCAGAACAGGUAAAAUCCAUAGGCUCUUGGCGUUGUUGAGAAGGGUAAACCCUGUAAUCCUUACCGUAAUGGAAAUUGAAAGCAAUCAAAACAUGCCCUCACCUGUGGCCCGGUUCCUGCAGUGUCUUAGUUUCCUUACGGCUGUGUUUCACUCCAUUGAAGCCUCCGUGGAAAGAAAUAAUGCUGAAAGACUUCUGAUAGAAAGAGUUUACAUUGCACCCAAUAUCUCUAGUGUUCUUGUGGAUGAUAAGGAAAAUUCGUUUAGAUGUGCCUGCAUUGAUAGUUGGCGAAAGUUUCUUCGUCAUUCAGGCUUUAAGGAUUCUCCCCUCAGCCAUUACAGCCAAUGUCAAGCUAAUCUCUUGUUGGGUUUGUAUUCAAAUGAUUCAUUCAAGCUCCAUCAAGAUGGGUUUACUUUAACUCUUGCUUGGCAAGAUACUUCUAUUGUUUCAGUCUCUUCAUGGAAAUAA